CUGUCAUGUAAACACAUACAAGCAUGUUUCCUGCUAAAGAUUGAUUUUCUGGUGUUGUGUUGAAAUAAAUUAGAUCUAGUACAUCUAACGACCAAGAACAAGUGCAUGUCAUGUAAAUGAAUUUGUCAUGAUAAGUCUACUGGACUGCCAUGGACGAUCACGGAGAAGAUUUCGAGGAAAAUGAAGACGAAAGCUGGAGCCUGCCAUUCAGUGGUGACACACCACAUCCAAUUUCAAGUAUCGACGUUGGAAGUCCAGGAGGGAAGGUCAUCACACAGGAACGGAAACUCAGCGGACAUAAUCACAUGCUGUCAAAUUAUGGUGAUUUAUGUGUCUCAGCACUGGGUCAUACAAGGACUAUCAUCCACAUAGAUAUUGACUGUUUUUAUGCCCAGGUAGAAAUGAUGAGAAACCCAAAAUUACGAGACAAACCUCUAGGUAUCCAGCAGAAGUAUAUAGUCGUGACCUGUAACUAUGUGGCCCGGAGAUAUGGAGUGACCAAACUCAUGGGUAUCAACGAGGCUCUGGAUAGGUGUCCAAACUUGGUACUGGUCAAAGGGGAAGACCUAACACAUUACAGACAAGUCUCCUAUAGGAUAUCAGAGUUCCUUCAGCAGUACACACAUCAUGUAGAAAGGCUGGGCAUGGAUGAGAACUUUCUGGAUGUUUCUGACCUUGUCAAACAGAGGCAGGAGUCGGGUCACAGUAGAUCAGAUGUCAUGGGUCAUCAAUUCCUACUGGAACAAGACAACAACACUCUGGAAGAUGAUAAAGGUAAUGUAUGUCGUUUAACGGUCUGUAACUGUGGAUGUCGUGAGCGACUGACAGUGGGAUCACAAAUUGCUGCAGAUAUCCGAGAUGCCCUGCAUCAGGAGCUGGACAUUACUUGUUGUGCUGGUAUCUCCUACAGUAAACUCCUGUCGAAACUUGUGGCAGGAAAACACAAACCUAACCAGCAGACGACACUAUUUCCUGAGCAGACAGCCAAAUUCAUGGCCACUGUGGGACAGGUCAGAAGAAUACCAGGAAUUGGCUCCACAACAUCAAAGAAGCUGGCAGCUUUAGGAAUUGUGACACUGCAAGAUCUUCAACAGUUUGACCUUUCUGUCCUCAAACAGGAAUUAGGACCAAAACAGGCUGUUGUCAUUCAACAGCUGAGCUUUGGAAUAGAUGACAGCCCUGUCGUUACAUUUGGCAGACCCCAGACCCUCAGUGACGAGGACUCCUUCAAAAGAUGUUCAACUAUUGAAGAUGCUAGAUCGAAGGUCAAGGAACUGCUUACAAGCCUGACUAAAAGAUUACUUGAUGAUGGUCGGACACCCCAGACCCUAAGACUGACCAUCAGGAAACUGACCACUGCUGAUAAAAAGUGGACAAAUCGAGAGAGUCGUCAAUGUCCAAUUCCUGGUCACGUGAUGUCUUCUCUAUCCUCUGAUAAACUUGAAAGGCUGAUCGAUCACUUGGAGGAGAUCACCAUGACACUUUUCAGCAAGCUUGUCAAUAUUAAGGAUCCCUUUCAUCUUACUCUUAUGAAUAUUGCAUUUUGUAGUCUCGUGGAGAAAUCCAAAAAUGCUAUAAGCUCAUUCUUUACCGUCCGAAGCCCUAGAGACAAUGUGGAUGAUGUACGGAAAACCAGAGAAACAGGACAAAAGUCGCCCAUUACAACUUUAAACAAAGGGAAACAACAAAAUAUUCUUCAAAAAUGGGUUCUUAAGUCUCCUGAAAAAUCCAGGCAACAUAGUCAGGAGUUAUUUGGUGACAAACAGGAUGAUGGUCAAGUGAAGGAAUCAAGGUCAUUUCUUGGUUGUUCAUUGGUUCAGGCUCACUUGGUGAAGAAAACUUGUGGGGAAUCUCACACAACAACAGGAUGUGUUAGCAGUGAUUCUGUUGAAUUACCAGUAAUAUCAUGCCGGAAAAGAAAACCUGAGGAAAGCAUUGAAGAAACAAGAUCUCAUAGCAGUAAGAGAAGCAUUGGUAGAAAUGUUGAUGGAGGUAAUUCUUAUACAACUCCCAACAGAGUGGACUGCUCUCUCGUGGAUAGAAGAGGCCCAGAGACAAAACUGACGCUCCCAAAUGAUGUAGAUAUGGAGGUUUUUCUUCAGCUUCCUAGAGAUAUUCAAGGAGAAAUUUUACAGGAAGCUCAAACAAGAAAAGAUGAAAUAGAAUUAAAUAGCACAGGCAAAACACUGAAUGCAAACAGGGACAUGGAGUUAAAUAACAGUAUUGUGGAUGGUUGUUCUAAAAGUUGUGUAAAAGACCAUGAUGAAUUCACAUCUCGGAAUAGAGGGGGAAAAACUUUGAGAAAAGACACUGAGGUACUUCCCCAGACAUUUUGUGUCAGUUCAAUUCCUUCCGACAUUCAACAUGAUCAAAGUAAAGGAACAAAACCGAAAGAAGACAGAAAGGAAGAUUUUUCAAGUAACCAGUUAACUAGUGAACAUUUGUCUUCUGUCUACAUUGUGAACAUGCAUAGUUGUAUCAAUGCUGAUCGGUCAUUGGAGUCAGAAAAUGUGAUAAAAACUGAGUCUAUUGUGAGUACUACAGAGAAACGAAGCAGAGAUAUAUUGCACCUGAAAACAAAUGAUGAAUCGCGAUCGGAGACGAAUAUUUUCGAGAAGACUGAUUAUGAUGAUAAUAUUGAUGUCACAAAUAGUGACAGUUCUGUCAAUACAUAUCAGUUGCCACCCCACAUUGAUAAGGAGGUGUUUUCAAAUUUGCCUUCAGAGAUACAGAAUGAGUACAUCAGUCAGUGGUCUAGAGUCCCUAUACCUAAACGAAACUCUACACAAACAAUGUCACAAGAUAGACAUUGUAACCCUAAACACAAACCUAAUGGUGGAAAAUCAAGUAUUCUAAACUUCUUUCAGUCCAAAAAUAAAAGGUGA